CAGGGCGAUAGGAAAUAAGCAAACUCUCGCCUUUUACGCCUGGUCCAAUUUUGUGUAAAUGCAGCCCUGGCCAGAUAAUGCCACCCUGGGUUUUGUUUUGCAAAGUGGAAUUGUUGCAAGUCAAAUAACAAUAACAAUUUAACACGCAUAUACAAACGACUUUGUGUAUAUAAAGCGCGGCGAUAAUUGCUAGGCGAACAAAUGACCACCGCUGCCUCCACAUCGCAACAUGCCUCGUCGACGAUGAUGGCCGGCUCUGGGUCCUCCUCCUCCAACACAACGACGCCCAGCAGCUCGGCGGUGCGCGCUUUGGCCAUGGAGUACAAGUCAUUGCAGGAGGAGCCGGUCGAAGGAUUUCGCGUAAAGCUAAUCAACGACGAUAAUCUAUUUGAAUGGGAGGUCGCCAUAUUCGGGCCACCGGAUACACUCUACCAGGGCGGCUAUUUUAAGGCCCACAUGAAGUUUCCACACGACUAUCCAUACUCGCCACCAACAAUACGCUUUCUCACCAAAGUGUGGCAUCCAAAUGUCUACGAGAAUGGCGAUCUAUGCAUAUCUAUACUGCAUCCGCCGGUUGAUGAUCCGCAGAGCGGUGAGCUGCCAUGCGAGCGCUGGAAUCCCACACAGAAUGUAAGGACCAUUCUCCUGUCGGUAAUAUCACUUCUCAACGAGCCCAACACAUUCUCACCGGCCAAUGUGGAUGCAUCGGUUAUGUACCGCCGAUGGCGGGAUUCGCAGGGCAAGGACCAUGAUUAUCCAAACAUCAUACGCAAACAGGCCUUGGCCGCCAAUGCUGAGGCCAAGCGAGAGGGCAUUGUUGUGCCGAUGACCCUUGAGGACUAUUGCCUCAAGCCAGCACGGAAGCCCACAGCAGAUUCUGCCUUGGAUGCCAACUUCUAUGAUGAUGACUUUGAUUUAGAGACCGAGGAUGAUUUACCCACAGAUGAUGACGAUUUCGAUGAGGACGAGGACGAAGAUGAGGGUGAGGGCGAGGGCGAGGAUGAUGACAGUGCAUCGGCAUCGAUUAGCAAAAAUAAUGGGAACGCUAAGAGCAAGAACAAUGGACUGGCAGUCGCAGAUGAUGCAGAGUCUGCCGAUGACAGCGGCAAGGGCGAGACCACAUAAUGCAGCCAUGCACCGAUAGAUCGCAUCAUUUCUUCUUCCUCCCACUCCUGCCCUAGGCGACGAGCCACCGCCUCUUCAUUUCUCCAACAUUAUUACUAUGAUUAACGCUAAUUAUAGAAGUUUAAAAACUAACAAAAAAAACGUAGAAAUCAAACAGAAAAUGAAAAAAAUGAUUUACAUUACAUAGUUUAAACGGAAUAA